UGACAGCGGACGAGGUUCCCUGUUGUUAUUUAUAAACGGACGGAUCGAACGACAGGGGAACUGAGAUCGCGCUCACAUCACCUGCACAGGAAGAUGCUGAACGGGAAUGUUACUAGGCGCCAGCAAAUGCAGUCUUGUGUGGGAGAUGCCAUGGCUGGUUAGCGCUUCUGUCGAUCGAUAAGGAAAGCUUGCGGGAAACAUGGAUGAGAAAUGUAACAGGCGGCUGCUGUUGCUGGUAUUGGUCGUCUUGUUUGUGGUGAUCAUUUUCCAGUAUGUUUGCCCUGGAGCCAGUUCCUGCCGAAUGCAAUGGGGGGACAGAGCCCUGGACUUUGGGCUGUCUCCCCUUGGUCAGCGUCCGGGGGCGGAGGAGCGGAGGUUCCAGGGUGCCUUCAAUUUCACCGAGCGGGAUCUCUGGAGGCGGCUGGAUUUUGACAUCAAAGGGGACGACGUGAUCGUCUUCUUGCACAUACAGAAGACCGGCGGCACCACUUUCGGGAGGCAUCUGGUGCGGAACAUCCGGUUGGAGCAGCCCUGUGACUGUCGGGCCGGACAGAAGAAAUGCACUUGCCACCGGCCAGGCAAGAGAGAGAGCUGGCUGUUCUCCAGGUUCUCCACCGGCUGGAGCUGUGGGCUGCAUGCAGAUUGGACCGAGCUGGUCAACUGUGUGCCAGCCCUCAUGGAGAACCCACAGCAACGAGACACUCACAGGAACUUCUAUUACAUAACAAUGCUCAGAGACCCCGUAUCCCGCUUUUUAAGCGAAUGGAGGCAUGUCCAGAGAGGAGCUACCUGGAGGGCUUCAUUACACAUGUGUGAUGGCCGGACCCCUACACCGGAUGAGCUUCCGACCUGCUACGUAGGGGAUGACUGGUCAGGCUGCAGUUUGCAGGAGUUUAUGGAUUGCCCUUACAACCUGGCCAACAAUCGCCAGGUCCGCAUGCUGGCUGACCUGAGCCUGGUGGGUUGUUACAACGUCUCCACCAUGGGAGCCAGCAGGCGCAAUGAAAUACUCUUGCACAGCGCCAAGACUAACCUGAAGGACAUGGCCUUCUUCGGACUGACCGAGUUCCAGAGGAAGACCCAGUGUCUGUUUGAAAGAACCUUUCAGCUGAAGUUCAUUUCUCCGUUCACACAACUCAACAGCACCCGGGCGGCCAGUGUGACGCUGGACCGGCAAACCCGGCGGCACAUAGAGCAGCUCAACUUCCUGGAUGUGCAGCUCUAUGACUACGCGAAGGAUCUCUUCCUGCAGCGUUUCCAGUACAUGAGGCAGAAGGAGCGCCAGGAAGAGAAAAGGAAGCGCCAGGAGCAACGCAGAGCACAUCGCCUGAAACAGGGAACACACAGGUCCCCAAAAAUUCACACAGAGAGCGUGAUGACAGAUGACUAUGCAAGUCUGGUGGAAAGGUGGUGACUGGUUCUCAUCCGCUCCCUUCAGUCAUUCAUCCUGGGUAAUUAACGUUGUGACCACAAAUGUUGGGUCCAUGUGAGAGGACAGUAUUUUACAUGAAAUGUGCAAUACCAUCACCCUGUGCGAUCACAGUAAACCUGUCGAGUUAUCUUUGUCUUUAACUCCAGUGUAACCUUCAUGUCUACAUCCCACCCAGUUCCCAGCCCCAUCUCACUCGUGCAUUCUUGCUGUUUACCCUCGGUUCAGUUUUUGUUAUGGGAGAUUUAGAGUCGAACUUGCUCUCAAGGUUAUGAAGAGAUUGUAAAAAUUUCAUUCAGUUGUCCAAGGUACUUUGUCAGAAAGCAGGCAAAGCAGGUCUAAAGAUAAUACAUGGAACAAUAGAUAUGUGACAAUACACCCAGGCAUCAGAUCAAAUUCACCACCAAAAUAGGUUUGUCUGUUAUUGCUAUAUUAACAAGAUCAAAUAAAAAAAGAAUUUUGAAGUUAGCACAAUAUUGUGACUUUUUUUAAUGCUCGUGUUA